UAAAAACCAAGAAGUAUUAUCUUGUUAAGGUUAACUAAAAUCAAAACCAAGAAGUAUAUAAAGUUGAUCAUAUACCUCAAAACUAAAGUUUGAUGUGGCUAAUUCACGGUUAGUUUCUAUUUAAUUUGAGUAUAAAUGAUUAAGCAUAUCAUAACUAACAAGAUCAUAUGCAAAACGUGACUGAUUUAGAAGAGUUGAGAUCAAUUACGCGUCGUGAUGUUGUCGGAGAAAUAAGAAAAAGGAGUGGCAUUUAUAUUUAAAUAUAGAGACGUUCACACAUUAGAGCACUUUUUAACGUGAUUGCUUUAUGUAAUUAAUAUAACACUAUAAUAUGCGAACACGACUAAUGUGAUUAGCUUGUUAACUAAAAAUGUUAACGUGAUAAAUUUAAAUCUUCAAUAUAGAGCGUAGUCUCUGUCAAUAACAUGCUAACCUGAAUCAAGUAAAAAAUAUGUGUAGAUCGGAACCUGUGGCAAAGAGAAAUGAGAUGCUAGCCUGAAUCAAGUUAAAACAUGGGUCAAAAAAUAUCUUAUAAAGUUGUAGGUGAACAAAUGUGAAUUAGUUAACAGAAAAGCAAUUACUUGCGUUCGACCUUGCUGGAUCAUUUGGACUACUAGCAGGCAAUUCAUCUUUUUAACUGCGUUAAAGCAAAUGCAACUAUCUCGUCGUUUCCUCAACUAGAUAUUGUUUUUAGAGUAGUUCUAAAAGUCUUUUUACUCAACCACGGUUUACAUCAACCUUUGAUUAAGCUACAGUUAUCCUGGUUAGUAAUUUUAAAUCUCAUCAAGUUAAAUACCUCCACAGCAACGUUCAGCUCUACUAUUAAUUCCUCGAGCAACCAAAAGUAUCUUAUUAUACAACCGAGUCAACCGACCAUCAAUGACUUAAGACCAUGAAGACUAAAGAUCUAUGCAUGAAAGGUACACGUGUCGAGGUACAUCAAGAUAGAAUAAAAUGAGGUACUCAAGAUACGUGUCGCAGGAAAGGCUACUUUUAAUUUGGCAGCUCAUACUGCUAAUCUACCACGUGGAGCCUCCACAGAAACAGACCAUUUACUAUAAGAAGCAACAAAAGCACCUUAACUGAUGAAACUAGUAACAAAAGAUUCAAACAAAAAUCACAAAGCACUUGAAAAUAAGAAAAAAGUUUCCCAGCUACACAGUUUACUAUAAUAUGGUGAAAAUCAUCCAAUAUAUGAAAAUAUGUCAACAACUACACGACGUUUAUGUUAAUACAUACCACAUAUACGAAAUAAAUAAUUAUAUGGUGCUAACAUCACAAUCGGAUUCAAUUGAUUUUAUAUUAAGUUAAUGGGGUCGAUAUGUAAUUUAUCAAAAAAUCAAAUUAAAACCAAAAAUCGAACCCAACCUAAGAAAUAACCCGACCCAACCUAACUAAUUACCCGACCAAACCUAAAUCUAAUUAGGGUUCGUCGAUUUUGUUUUUCUGCUCGAACGUUAAAAGUACACUACAAGAUUGAGAUUAUAUAACAUUACACUACAAGAAAGAGCAUCGCAUUCCGACGGUCCUCUUUGUUGGGAAGUCCUCGGAAAUUACUGACGAGAAAUUGUUUUCGGAAGCUUUGACAAAAAUUGGUACAAUAGUUUGUAGCUUACAUGUGAGGCUAUCUGAAGCAAAACAGAAAUGGGUUCAGAAUUUUCUUUAUAUAAGUGUUCAUGUGUGAGUUUAUGUGUAGAUCUCAACAAGAGAAAAUUGAGAACAUAUAUAUGUAUUUGCAGAAAAUCGAUUUUAAACUUGAGAUUAGAUGAGACUAAAAAGAUUUGGGCAGGCACUUCACAGAUUCUUCUCGUCAACAAAGACAAUAAUUUUACAGAAGACAAAUGUGAAGAUGACGAUAGAGAAAAUGGUUUCGUAGAAUAUAGGUAUAUAUUAUGUUAAGCAUUUACUAAUUAUAUGUCGUGGUCAAGUGGUUGGUUCCCUUCGUAAUGUUGCCCAGGUCGCGAGUUCAAGUGACAAUGGUGGUAAUUUGUUCAAUUCAAUAUUUUAUUUUUAAUAAAUAUAAAAUGACAAUGCUAUCCUCAUCUUCCUCUUAUCCUCUGUUCGCGAAACCUUAAUUUAUGUCCUUCUUUUGUUUUUUUCUUCACAAUUUUCACAGUUUAUAUGUGUUGUUUAAUGUAGUUUACUUGAUUACAAUAAACCAUAACCUAAUAUAUAUGAUUUUAAGCUUUUGACUGAGAAAAUUUUGAUUUUCAUGUAGAUAACGAGUUUUUGAGCGAUUUGUAUUGAAAACUCUAACCACAUGUAGCCGCCGAUUAUACGUCCACGACUUCUGUGAUUCUCUUUCUUGUAAUGUAAUAAUCUCAAUCCUAUAGUGGCUAGUGUACCUUUAUUGUUCGAGCAGCAAAACCAAAACGACGAACCCUAAUUAGAUUUAUGUUUGGUCGGGUAACUGGUUAGGUGGGUCGGUUCAUUCCUUAGAUUGGGUUUGAUUUUUGGUUUUAAUUUGAUUUUCUGAUAAAUUACGUAUUGACCCCAUUAACUUAACAUAAAAUCAAUUAAACCUGAUUGUGAUGUUGGCAUCAUAUAAUCAUUUACUUCAUAUAUGUGGCAUGUAUUAACAUAAACAUCGUGUAGUUGUUGAUACGUUCUCAUAAAUUGAAUGGUUUCCACCAUAUUAGAGUAAACUUCGUGUAGCUGAGAAACUUUUUUCCUUGAAAAUAUCACAAACCCGUAACUCUAGUUUUACUAAUUCUCAAGUAAUGGCGUCGGAGAAACAACAAAAGACGGAAAGAGCCGAAGUUGCAGCGAGGCUAGCAGCUGAAGACUUGCAUGACAUUAACAAACACCAUUGCGAUAACGUCACGAUGUAUAAGGUAACGGAGAGAACAGUUGAACAUCCACCAGAGCAGGAGAGGCCAGGAGUGAUAGGAUCAGUGUUCAGGGCCGUCCAAGGAACAUAUGAGCAUGCGAGAGAUGCUGUUGUCGGGAAAAGCCAUGACGUCGCCGAGUCGACCAGAGAAGGAGCUCAAAUAGCCUCAGAAAAAGCGGCUGGAGCCAAAGAUGCAACCCUUGAGAAGGCAAAAGACACGGCGGAUCAUACGGCCGAGAAGGCAAGAGAGGCUAAAGAUAAGACGGCAGAGAAGAUGGGCGAGUAUAAAAACUAUACGGUUGAUAAGGCGAAGGAAGCCAAGGACAAGACGGUGGAUAAAAUGGGCGAAUACAAAGUCUACACAGUGGAUAAGGCUGUAGAAGCUAGGGAUAAGACGGCAGAGAAGGCCAAGGAGACAGCCAACUAUACGGCUGACAAGGCCGGAGAGUAUAAGGACUACACGGUGGAGAAGGCGGCUGAAGGAAAAGAUGCUGGAGUGAGUAAGCUUGGAGAGUUUAAAGAUAGUGCAGUUGAUACGGCGAAGAGAGCUAUGGGUUUCUUGUCUGGGAAGACAGAGGAAACCAAACAAAAAGCUGUAGAGACCAAAGAUAGUGCCAAGGAAAAAAUGGUGGAGGCUGGAGAAGAAGCUAGACGAAAGAUGGAGGAGAUGAGAUUGGAAGGUAAAGAACUCAAAGAAGAAGCUAGACGCAAAGCACGAGAGGGGUCUCAAAAGACCAAGGAGACUGCUGACUCAGCAGCUGAAAGAGCCCACGAAACAAAAGAUUCAGAUUCGGUUAGGUAAAUAUAGUAUACGGAAGAGACAUUCAUUUGAUGUUUUGACGUUAAUUUAUUGUUUGUAUCUUUGACGUCAUAGGGGAAAUGAAGCGAAGGGGACUAUAUUUGGUGCAAUAGGGAAUGUGACAGAGGCUAUAAAGAGCAAACUGACUAUGCCGUCAGACAUUGUAGAGGAAACACGUGAUCGUGGAAGCACGGGGAGGACGGUGGUUGAGGUCACAGUUGAAGAUACAAAACCUGGCAAGGUAGCGGCUACUCUGAAGGCGUCUGAUCGGAUGACCAGUCCGACAUUCAACGAAAUCGAAGUUGAAGAUACAAAACCUGGUAAGGUGGCGGCUACCCUGAAGGCUUCGGAUCAGAUGACCGGUCAAACAUUCAACGACGUUGGACGGAUGGAUUAUUAGUUUCGGAAUAACAGCUUUUGGGCCUGUGUCGGGCCUUUAAAAAUAUACUUUUAGGGCCUUUGUUUUGGAUGGAUAUGAUGUAGCAAAUAUAGUUUGCUGAUAUGGAAGUGAAUCUUUCGUUACGACUUUUAAGAGGAUUAGCUGUCAUGUUGAACAACUCGAGUCAACAAUUACGACAUAGUCUUUCUAUUUUUAGCUUAACCAAACAAAUGGUUGCCUUAAAGUUUGGGUUACAGAUUUCUUGAUACCGUAACCGGACAUAAGAUCACAACACGCCACUACUCAGUGACAUCUGUCUCGUCUAUACUAGAUUUAACAAUAGUAAAGGCUUUUUUUGGUACAGGAUAUUGUCGUGGAAAGAAUGUUUCAUGUGUAUGUUAGUUAUAAUCCACAACAGUAGUAUAAUAACAACUUCAGAUCUAUAUGCACCAAAAGUAGUCGGUGCAUUUGAAUUUAUGAACGUCCAAAACUACUUAUUAACAGAUUUGUGGGAUUUGAGGUAUAUUGACGACGAGAUGAGAUCUUUGUUUUGGAUCCGACGAUUUGCCACCACUUGAUUCAUUUUGAUUAUUGUGUUACAUAAAAAGACAUAUGUGGAGCCAAUGAAGGUACGGUUGUCCUGUUGCUGAAGGUGGGCACGGCCACAUGGUUUUGAUUAGCCCUUGAUCUUGUUGAUCAAUCACCAGUCACUGACGUCUGUUUUGUUUCUUUUCUAUCUGCUUAUGGAGCAUGCAUAUACAUCAAGCCGGUAACAUUCAUUUCAUUGGUUUCUUUGUUUUUAUAAAUUCCAGUUGUAAAAAAGUCCAGUUGUAUACUGGAUUUAUAGUUUUAUUCUAUACAUACAAUGGAUGAAAAUGUUAGAGAAAAACAAUUUAAUAGAUUUAUAGACUGGUGUUUGGUUGAUCACUUAUCAAAUUCUCGGUUAUAAAUGCAUUGAAUAUUUUUUAUUUAUCCCAUGAAAGAGAAUUGUUUGUAUGGUUUAGAACAAGAGAAGCAUGUGGCCUAAAAUUUUACAACAUCAAAAUUAAUAUACUUUUUUUUCAAGAUUAACAGAGUCUGGACUAAUUUUCGGAUUGUACCAUCCUAAUGUUUAAGGAAAAACAUUCUAGGUCAAAUAGACAUUAAAGUAUUUUUGAGUAAACAAAAAAGGAAGAAAAUCUUCUUUGUUUUGAUACAUUGUUUAUAAUUAUUCGUAUAUUUUUUUCCUAUUUUCUCUA